UACAACAACCGUAACCGACAUGGAUUCAUCCUUUGAUUUUCAACAACUCCAAAAAUCUAUCCAAGCAUUGUAUAAACUUAGACCAAAUGAUCCCUUUACUAUGAAGUGGGUUGAUGAUGAAGGAGAUCCUUGUAUGCUUACUUGUGAUGAGGAACUUCAGGAAUCUAUUAGACUUUACUAUGCCAAUAAGGAACCAUUCCUUGCUGUACACGUGUUUAAUGGUGCUCCUCUGGGUCCUGGCUUGCCUUGCCCUGCGGAAGAUGGUAAGACUCGUUCUUUUAUUUUGACUUUUUCAUCGUGUUUUUCUCUUAAUUUCUCUUUACUUUAUACAGUGAAAAUGUACCGACGCGGUGCUAAACGAUGGAAUAAAAAGUUUUACCAUCUUAAAGGUCAUAAUUUUGUCGGCAGACGGUUUAAUAAGAAUGCUAUAUGUGCCUAUUGUGAAGACAGAAUAUGGGGUCUUGGGCAACAGGGUUACAAAUGUAUCAACUGUAAAUUACUCAUCCAUAAAAGAUGUGCUCCCUCUGUUGAUUAUCAAUGUGGAGAAGUUGCGCCACCACAUGAAGUCGUUCGACAAAGACCUGUCACUGUUAACGGUGACACAGGUGCUAAUGUUACCAUGGCAGCCAAAAUAGAUGGGAUUAAGUCGGUUUCAAUCCGAUUCUGA